GAAUUAAGACGUAAAGAUGUGUAUAAAUUAUAAUUCUAUCCUGAUUAUAAGUGUUUUAUGCCGGAGCGUCUAUAGAAAAAAAUUAGAAGUGUGGAACGUCAUACUAUGUUCCAAGGGUGUAAUAGGCUGGUUCAGAAGACUGAAGGUUUGGAAGGUUUCGAUACGGUAAGAAAUUAAACAUUCAAUACAAACUCGAGCAUUGGUAGAUGGAACGGUGACCUCGGAACACGAUUUGCUCUGUAUACGAAAUGGGCCAUCGGAAUUCGAUUGAGUUAAUACCUUCCUGAGUUCUGGAAAAAUCAAUUGAAAGAAAAACCAUGCGGCUCCAUUACAUUAUAAUCAGAUGUAGUAUUGAGUGGUAUUUAGUUUUAAGAUCUCUGGGCUUUAGUAUUUUUUUUGUUUUAACCUUAAGGUCAUUCGCCUCUUCGUGCCAGAAAAAUGUGCGGGGAUGGAAAUCGAACCCAAGUGGGCUGCGUGAAAGGGCAUUGACUUACACAUCACGCUAUACCCAUCCCCUGGCUUUAGUAUUGACGUAAUUAAAUAAAUGAGAGAGUUUCUUUAUACUUAUUUAUACGUGAAUUUGAUGUCUGGGACUAUAUUUUUCUUUUAAAAGUUCUAUGUUUUUAAUGUACUUUUGAUAAAUCAUUGUUUGGGAAAGAAUAUUGUUAUAAACAUUUCUUGAACGCAGUUGACGAUGAUAUAUUUGUAACGUUAGUGAUUCACAAUUAUUUGUUUAUUUUUCAAAUUUAAAUCUAUACUUUAUGUCUUCGACUCGUCAGUACAUAACAGUUUAUGAAAUGUGCCGGUUAUGUGCCCUAUGCACAAAAUAUGAUAACCUAACGGAGCAGCUAGCUUGUCACUCGCUGUAUGCUUGGUUUUUGUGGCGCGUCGUCGUGUUCGCUUAAGUAUACUGAAUGUAUUAUCUGUUGAUUCUACGGGAACUAGCAGGCAAAUUCUGAACUUUCGGCGAUUUAUUUUUUUGACCUAAUUUGAAGCGCUUGUAUCUCGGUAAUUUGUUGAUGGAUUUGCCACAUUUAACAUAUGUGCAGUGCGGCGCUGUCAAAUAUGUGUUCGUUUGUGUGUGUGUAUUAACUGCAUUGCAAUUCGCUUCACCGGUGAGCGAUUGGGUUGCUAGGGGUAACCAUGUUAACUUCUCUCGCCCGGCAAGCAAAAAACUAUUUGCACGUGAGAGGGAUGGAUUGUUGGAUAAGUUGAGGAGAACUGAAACUUGACACUAAUGAAACUGUUGAUUAUUAGAAACGUUUGAAUUCUCAACGCGGGAACUUGAAUUGUGCUUGAAUUACAUAAUAUGAUUUAAUUUGUCAUUUGUUAAGCUAAAGUUUUAAAAAUAUACAUGCGGCCCGAUAGAAAUUCGCUAGGCACGGCACCCCGGCAAGUAGCUCUAGGCCCGAGGUCCUUUCAGGUGGUAACCCUACCAAACAGCCUCAAACUCAAACGAGCUCAAGGAAAACAUUCGUGCUGAAAUCGACGCUAUAACACCCGAGAUGCUAGAAAAGGCGUCACAUUGGCGAUUCCAACCGCCGAUAAGCGCAUCGUAGGAGGUUUUCCAGCGGAAUACGGAGAGGCCCCGUGGAUGGUUUCGAUGCGCAGCUCGCUCAAUGUUCAUUUAUGCGGUGGAACAUUGCUGAACCGGAACUUCGUUCUGACGACAGCCGUAUGCAUGGAAGGUCGACUGGCCACCAAUACAAUGGCCGUAGUGGGCUCCCGAUUUCUUAAUACUGUAGCUGCUGCUUAUUACGGUACACGAACGAUUACUCAUCCGCAAUAUAAUCAAAAUACCCUGGAAUUCAACGUAGCACUGUUCCGAACGUUCUAUAACGUAAUAUUUACUGACAUUGUACAACCGAUUCAAUUGAACGCAAACUUCAUCAACGCUGGAACUCGUGGUCGAAUGUAUGGUUGGGGAGCCACGCAACCUGGCGAUGGUAAUUCCAAUGCACUGCAAACCAUCAACCUCAACGUAAUCGACAACGAUGUUUGCAGAGACUCAUUGGGAUCCGAUGGAAUGCGAGUUACCGCAUCUACAAUGUGCACGUUAACCCGCGAAGGUCAGGGACUAUGCACCAACGAUGCCGGUGGUGCCCUGGUUGUAGACUUCUCCGUCAUUGGCGUCGCCUCCUGGAAGAUUCCAUGCGCCACUGGUCGACCAGAUGUUUUCGUACGUACUUCAGUCAUACGUGAUUGGGUUGUAAGCAUUAUCUAAGGAAACAAAAUAAUGCAACCGCCGAUAAGCGUAUCGUAGGGGGUUUUCCGGCGGAAUACGGAGAGGCCCCGUGGAUGGUUUCGAUGCGCAGCUCGCUCAAUGUUCAUUUAUGCGGUGG